AUGAACUAUUUUUCAUUUUUAUUAUUUGUGCAAAUUGUUGCUGCCUCAAAUAUUUGGAUGAAUAUUGAUGUGAAGAAAAUUGAUCGAAAACAAUGUAUUGUUGAUGAAACAUCGUGGGGUGCUGAAACUGCCGGAUGCCAACAAAUGAGCUAUAUGACUGUGAGUUUUGGGUUGGGUGCUUAACUUCUAGAUUACUUUGAGUUGGGCUAAUAUCAAAUUUUUUUGGAAAUUUUUUAGGUUGAUCUAGUUUUUAAGUAUUUUUUUCGGUUAACUUUUAAUCCCGGAACCUCACCAAUUUCCAAUUUUACAUUCAAAUCCUGAAUUUCCAGAUCGAUGAACGCAUUUUACCCAACCACGAGCGUCGUUCCACAUCCUUCGAGCAUAUUUCUGGCUCAUCCCGUCCAACUGUCACUCAUUGGCCACGUGGAAAAUUGUCCGAUUGGAUGCUCUCAAUUCAAUUCAUCUCGGUUGAUCCAGUUUAUGGAAUCGCAAGAACUUGUGAUCGUUCUGGUUAUGUUCGUGUGUUUGAAAAUGUAACAGAAGAUGUGCAAUUUGUUGAUAAAAUUGUGAAGGUGAGUGAAAAAGAAAAACAAUUUCGAAAAUAUUUUCCGCGAAGUUCAAUUCAUUUAUAAAUCUUUAUUUUUCUUACAGAUUCAAGGUCAAUGUUUCACUGCGACAGUUCAAGUUCAAGCAAGUCUUGACAUCUGCCCUUGGUGCAUCGAGGAAUCAGCCUCAACUGAAACCACCACAACAACCACCCAAAAACCAAUCAAUAAUCAAAUGGAAACUCAAUUCCUAAUGAUUUCAAUGCUUUUCCUCUCAAUUAUUUGUGUUUGCGCACUUAUUGGUGUUGCAGUAUUGCUCAUUUUAUAUAUCACUGAUCGUAAGGGAAUUAGCAAAAGUUCAACAACCAGCUCGAAUUUAUCUUUGCCAAUUUAUCAACUUCCACAACCAACAGUUUCAAGAUGUGGAAGUUUUGCUGGAAAAGCUGGAAUUCUCGCAGCAUUUCCAAAUGAUUCAACUUUGCUGAACUGGAAAGAAUAUAAUGUUGAAGAGCAAUGGAUUUCACAACGGGUUUAUUCGGAAUGUAGUUCGCCUGAUUCUGGAACUGAUACUUUGUAG